AUGGGUCGGUACCGCGCUCAACUUCGAGCUCAAAAAGGAGGUGUUCCUGUUCCCGCAAUGCUGACCAUCCCUGUGGUGCUCACCCCUGGCAAAACCGCUACAGAUGACGAUGAGCUCUUUGAGCGAUGGGUGCAGCGGCACCGGAAACCUUUUUCGCUGUCUACCUUACAGCAAAGCAACAAGGAAUUGGAUGUGCGCGUUGAGCGUCAUCUAAGAUUUGAGUUUUCCAAAUUUAAGGCGCAACGCCGACUUCCCACGUAUUGUCGCCCUGAGACACAUGUAACAAUCCAUAACGCUUCCGCGAGCUCUGUAGUUUCUCACGAGGGUGGCUCAACGAUCGCAGCAUUUCAUAGCCAUUGCUUGAGCUCAGCUCAUGGCCUUUCGGCCUCUCGGGCUACUGUCGAGAAGAGCUGUGCGCACGGAGACGCAAGGCGUCAUGAUCUUUCUGAUCAUAAGCGUCUACGACGUCUGGGCAGUCUUACCGAGGUGACAUCUCAAAUUCCCACAAACUCUCGAAGUUUGGGUAUCCCCACUACUUCACAAGAUAUUGGGUUAAAUCCCGCCGACGACGUCGACCCACAAGGCAUUUCACGUGGUAGUGGACGCCAUCAUUCUCAUCAAAAAGAGAAGGCGGCGGACGAUGACGACUUAAUCGAUCGCCAAGCGGUGAAUCGCGACGCUCUUCGAGCGUUGGAGGACAAAGUCCGUCGUCAUCGGCAUUCUGCCGAGCAUCUCUCCGACGUCGCUGUGCGAUAG